AUGACUUUUACUCCCGCUAAAGGUCCCAAAACUCUUUACGAUAAGGUCUUUGAAGACCAUGUUGUCCACAAGGACGACUCUGGUUCUUAUUUGCUUUACAUCGACAGACAUUUGGUCCACGAAGUUACAUCUCCUCAGGCUUUUGAAGGGCUAAAAACUGCUGGUAGACCAGUCAGAAGAAAGGACUGUACUUUGGCUACUGUGGAUCAUAACAUUCCAACUUGGUCCAGAAAGGACUUCAAGAGCCCUGAAACCUUUAUCAAGGAGUCUGAUUCCUUGUUGCAAGUGCAGACUUUGCAAAAAAAUGUCAAGGACUUCGAUGUGCCAUUUUUUGGUAUGACUGAUGCCAGACAAGGUAUUGUCCACAUUAUUGGUCCUGAGCAAGGUUUUACACUACCAGGUACAACCGUUGUGUGUGGUGACUCGCACACCUCGACACACGGUGCCUUUGGGUCUCUGGCUUUCGGUAUCGGUACGUCGGAAGUCGAGCACGUCUUGGCUACACAAACCAUUAUUCAGGCCAAGUCUCAGAACAUGAGAAUCUACGUUGAGGGCAAACUGGCUCCUGGUGUGACAUCCAAGGAUUUGAUUCUACACAUCAUUGGUGUGAUUGGUACUGCUGGUGGUACCGGAUGUGUUAUGGAAUUUGCAGGUGAAGCCAUCGAGGGCUUGACCAUGGAAGCCCGUAUGUCCAUGUGUAACAUGGCUAUCGAAGCAGGUGCUAGAGCCGGUAUGAUCAAGCCAGACCAAACUACAUUCGACUACGUCAAGGGUAGACCUCUAGCGCCAAAAGGUGCCGAAUGGGAAAAAGCCGUUUCUUACUGGAACACCUUGCACACUGAUGAAGGUGCUCAUUUCGAUUUUGACAUCAAGAUCAAGGCUGCAGACAUUAUUCCAACUAUUACCUGGGGUACUUCACCACAGGACGCUCUACCAAUCACUGCUAACGUUCCAGAUCCAGUCAAUGUGACCGAUGCUAUCAAGAAAUCCAUGAUGGAAGGCGCUUUGAAAUACAUGGGUCUCAAGCCAAAUACUCCUCUCAAGAGCAUUUCCAUCGAUAAGGUAUUCAUUGGCUCUUGUACCAAUGCUCGUAUCGAGGAUCUGAGAGCUGCUGCUGCUGUUGCAAAAGGCCACAAAAAGGCCGACACUGUCAAACUUGCCAUGGUUGUUCCAGGGUCCGGUUUGGUCAAGGAGCAAGCUGAAAAGGAGGGCUUGGACAAGAUCUUCGAGGAGGCUGGCUUUGAAUGGAGAGAAGCUGGUUGCUCGAUGUGUCUAGGUAUGAACCCUGACAUCUUAAACCCAGAAGAGCGCUGCGCGUCUACUUCCAACAGAAACUUCGAAGGCCGUCAAGGUGCAAGAUCCCGUACCCACUUGAUGUCUCCAGCUAUGGCUGCUGCGGCAGGUAUUCACGGUCAUUUUGUUGAUAUCAGAGAAUUCGAGUAUAAGGACAACGAUGUGCCAAAAAUUUCCGUUGAGAGAGAGGCUGAAGACAAGGCAUUGCAGGAUGCUGUCUACGAGCACGAGAAACAACCGCUUCAAAAAGGCGAAUCUGCUGACGAGUUGGAAGACGAUGAAAUCCGUGAUAUUCCGCCUGCCGAACACAACGCCCAUGAAACACCUUCCAAGACUUCUACAAACUCAGCUCCCGCUGGCAUGGAGCCAUUUUUGACAGUUUCUGGCAUAGCUGCGCCAUUGGAUAAGGCAAACGUCGAUACAGACGCUAUUAUUCCCAAACAAUUUUUGAAAACCAUUAAGAGAACUGGACUAAAAUCUGGUCUUUUCUACGAAUGGCGUUUCACCAAAGAUGCUGAGGGUAAAGACCAAUCUCGCGGCUUUGUAUUGGAUACAGAGCCUUACACCAAAUCUCAAAUUCUCGUUGUCACUGGUGACAACUUCGGUUGUGGAUCGUCUAGAGAGCAUGCUCCAUGGGCGUUGAAAGACUUUGGAAUCAAAUCCAUCAUCGCCCCAUCGUUCGGCGACAUUUUCUAUAACAACUCCUUCAAAAACGGGCUGCUACCUAUCAGACUUCCACAAAGUGUUAUUCUAGAAAAGAUAUACCCUGUUGCCCAGGCUGGUAAGAAUUUGACUAUCGACCUGCCAAAUCAACGCAUUUUGGAUUCUGAUGACAAGGUUCUGGUCGAGAACUUUGAGGUCGAAAGCUUCAGAAAACACUGCCUGGUAAACGGCCUCGAUGACAUUGGCAUUACUUUGCAGAAGGAAGAUUUCAUCGUGAAAUUCGAAGCUAAAAGAAGAGAUCAGUUUUCUUUCUUGGAAGGCGGGUCGCGUUUGGUUAAGCCUAUCGUUGGAUCGAAGAAGAGCCCCUUCGGAAACAAAGCCCAGGAAUGGUGA